GUUGAUGACAUCAUCAUAGGAGGACGGCGCAGAUCAGGAUCAGGAUCAGGACCCGGACCAGGAUCAGGACCAGGACCCAGACCAGGACCAGGACCCGGACCCGUACCAGGACCUGGACCAGCAGCUGCUCCUGUCAGACGUGUGAACAGGUCGUGGUCAUGUCUGAGUCGAGCAGCGAUGGAGGGAAGUGGCUGGACGCUCACUACGACCCGGUGGCCGGCCUCUUCAGCUUCUCGUCGUGCGUGGACCUGGCGGACCUGAGCGGGGACGGGGAGAGUCGGCUGGUGGUCGGAGACCUGGGCUCAGGUUCAUCGGGCAUGAAGCUGAAGGUGUACCGGGGGACGGCGCUGCUGAGUGAGAGCACCCUGCUGGACCUUCCCUCUGGCCUUGUCGCCUUCUUCAUGGACCUGCACGAGCCACGCGUCCCCGCUGUGGCCGUGGCGUCCGGACCCUGCGUCUACGUCUACAAGAACCUGAGGCCGUACUUCAAGUUCACGCUGCCCGGUCUGGAGGUCAAUACGCUGGAGCAGGACGUGUGGCAGCAGGCGAGGGAGGGUCAGAUCGACCCUCUGACCCUGAAGGAGAUGCUGGAGAGCAUCAGGAAGAAGGCCGAUGUCCCCCUGUCCGUACGUUCGCUCAGGUUUCUCUCUCUGGAGACCAACGACAUGGACGAGUUCGUCCAGCUACACAAACAGCAGCCAAUCAGACGACAGACGGUCAUCACCUGCAUCGGGACCCUGAAGAAGAGCACGGCCGACGAGGACGGCGUCAGCUGUUUGGUGAUCGGGACCGAGAGCAGCGACGUGUACGUCCUGGACCCCGAGGCCUUCAUCAUCCUGUCCAAGAUGACGCUGCCGGCUCCUCCCACCAUGAUGGAUGUGACGGGUCAGUUCGACGUGGAGUUUCGCAUCACGGUGGCGUGUCGCAAUGGAAACAUCUACAUCCUGCGCAGGGAGUCGGACAAACCGAAGUACUGCGUGGAGCUGGCAUCUCACCCGGUCGGGCUGGUCAGAGUCGGGAAGAACGUCGUGGUCGGCUGCAGCGACGAGAGUCUGCAGGGUUUCACGCAGAAGGGGAAGAAGCUGUGGCAGACCAUCCUCCCUGCUCCCAUCACCACCAUGGCGGCCAUGGACCUUCCCACUCGGGGGUUCCAGGCGGUUCUGGUGGGCCUUGCUAACUGUGAGGUGCAGCUGUACCGAGACAAGAACCUGCUGAGCACCAUCAAGACGCCAGACGUGAUCACCAGCAUCUGCUUUGGCCGGUACGGACGGGAGGACGGGACGCUGAUCAUGACCACCAAGGGAGGUGGCCUGAUGGUGAAGAUCCUGAAGAGGACGGCGGCCUUCGCCGACAGGGACAGCGCCCCCGGGCCGCCGCUGGCCCAGAGCGUCCGCCUCAACGUGCCCAAGAAGACCAAGCUGUAUGUGGACCAAACGCUGCGGGAGCGGGAGAACGGUGUGGCCAUGCACCGCGCCUUCCAGAUGGACCUGAGCCGCAUGCGACUCGCUGCUGCCAAAGCUUACGUCAAGGCCCUGGAGUCCAGCCUGUCGCCGGUGUCCUCCAGCCUCUCCGAGCCGCUGAAGAUGAACGCCGUGGUUCAGGGUCUGGGUCCGUCCUUCAAACUGACCCUGAACGUUCAGAACACGGCGGCCUGUCGGCCCGUCAUGGACCUGGCCAUCAGCUUCCUGUACGACGAGAGCCUGUACCGCAUGAAGCACCCGUACAUGAGGAUCCCGCUGCUGGUGCCCGGACUCGUGUACCCCGUCCAGACCUUCGUGGAGUGCACCAGCGACAAGGGCAUCUCUGACAUCAUCAAGGUGUUCGUCCUGCACGAGGGGAAGAGCUGCCCCCUGCUGACCGCCCACAUCAACAUGCCGGUGAGCGAGGGGCUGAUGCUGAACUGACCGAGUUAAAACAGGAACCCGGCCGAGCAACGUUUGGAAACUGAAAGUUAAAAAUCAUUAGAUCAGAAUCCGGAGGCAAAGAAAGAGAAACACAAAACUGAAAAAAAUGAUUUAAGUUCCACUUGAUGAAUGAAUGUUGUUCAUAUUAAUCUUGAAUAAAUAAAAGCACCUUCUUCUGACUUUUUUUAAAACAGCAAAGUCAAACGGUUUCAUCUGUCCAAUCAGAUUCUGUUCUGUUAGUCACAUGAUACCAAACGCAGUGACCAGUUCACAUUCGUUUCUUUCUUUACCUCCAAACCAGGAUGACGUCAUCAUCAUUAGUCGUGUUUAUAGAAAUGUAAGAUGAGACGUUGAUUCAUCAGGUGAAUGUAGGUUUUUGUGUCAAUGUUUUUCACUUUGUUGUUUAGUUCAGUUAUGAUUGUAAUGUAACAAAGAUUCAUGUAGUUUCAUGAACUUAACUCAGGGAUAAAAAACAUGAACACAACACAUGUUCUUAAAUUCUGUUUUUUUCUAGAUGAAGUCUGGUUUGUAGAAAACUGUAAUAAACUUAUAGUCAACACA